CUUUUGUCCGGCCGCGCUGAAUGGGCAAUUCAGGCUUUGUGCAGCUCAAUUGAGGAAGCAAACAUAAAGACAAGAUUCCUGAGAGCUCCAGCUCCCUUCCCAUGGAUAUCCCAGCACCUCGUUAGAGAGUCCUUCCCUGGCUACCUCUCCAACAGCAGUGUGCUGCCUGCCCUCACAGGCCUGCCAGUGCCCAAUGCCUUGGGAGGGGGGUGGGGAGAGAGAGAGGACAGAGGAGAGAGGGAAAGAGGGAGAGAGAGAGCAGAGAGAGCCACUCAACACUCAGGGACAGCGGGGAAAGCAGCUCGCUCGCCCCGGCUCACCCCAUCCGAUUGUCUGUCUGCACUGGAGCAUGGCAGCUGUAGGCCUGGAGUCUGAGGGAGCUUUGGCAGCCCAUCUCUUCUGGGCCCAGCCCCUCCUCAAUCUUGGACUUUUUAAACGUGCGCGCGCGCACGCACACACGUACAUACACGCGCUCGUGCGUGCACGCGCGCGCGCGCACACACACACACACGCACCCCGCCCCCUCGAGAAAACAGGGAACCGAGGUCAAGGGGAGGAGGGGCGUGGAGGCCGAGAGGGAGAGCGGGCUGAAGGGUAGAAAUUUACCGGGAAAUGAUUGCAUUUGGGAGCUGUCUUUUUUGUGAUGGUCCCCAUGGUGACAAUUUGUGACGGCAAAGAAUGUGGGAACGGGGCGCUGCCGCCUGAUUGGGAUGCUUUGUAUCUGGAGAGGCGCUCCUGAUUGGCCUGAGGGGCCCCCCAGCUCCGGGGACUCGUCCUCCAUUCAGCCCGCUCGAGGGCUGCACAACUGCCUCCAGCCGGACCACGGAGCUCGCCGGCCGCGCCGGGCCUGGCCCAGGUCUGCGGCGGGGAACCUGCCGGGCCACCUUGGCGGGGCCCGGGGCCCCGCACCCUCGGUCAGUGUGGAGGUCCAGGCGUCUCAGGCCCCACUGGGUGGGGACGUGGGGCAGGCUGGGGCCUGGGGGAGGGGCGAGGUGCCGCGGGUGGUGGCCGAGGAGGCAUGAAAUUGCUGCAGAUGCUUCUACGGGGGAGUCCCUGCUGCCCACAGCCUGAGAUCAGCCCGCCAGGCAGGCCUCGGCUUGAGUGCCAGACAGGGGUCCUGCCUGUCCUGCGUGAGAACUGUGGGUGGAGCGUGGGGACUGAGGAGGGGGUGGAUGCUAGCAGGGCUGGGGGCGGGGGUGGGAGGAGGAGGGCACCGCCGGGGAGACAGGGGGCUUGGCCUUGCCUUAAAGUGGAGCGGUUGCCUCGGCUCCGAAAAUGAAAACCUUGCUGGCAGGUUGUGCAUGCCGGCGGCGUGGUAUGUGUGGGCUCCAGCCCCAGCAAUGCCACUUGUGGCUGGGUUGCCUUGGGCAAGUUGCCCGACCUCUCUGAGCCUCAGCUGCAUGUGCAGGGCCACAGACCCAAGAAGACGAAAUGUGUCUGUGCAUCACAGAUGCUCUGGGAAUGCUUAGAGGCUUGAAUGAGCGUCCCACGACCCAGGACUCUGUCUAGGGCUGAGGGGUGUUGCGGUGAGGACCGCUGUCUGCAGCCACGUGGCCUUUGGGGAGGGCUGAGUGUGGUUGCUCAGAGAGACUCCAGCGGCUGCUGUGUCCCUCCAGGUCAGCUCCGUGCCCUUCCCUGGAGCCGCUAGCCACCUGCAGAGCCACCCUCUUCAUGGAAAGCCCCGUGCAGUGGUCCCCUGGCUAUGGCAUCCGACAGUGACGUGAAGAUGCUGCUGAACUUUGUGAACCUGGCAUCCAGCGACAUCAAGGCGGCCCUGGACAAGUCUGCGCCCUGCCGCCGCUCGGUGGACCACCGCAAGUACCUGCAGAAGCAACUCAAACGCUUCUCCCAGAAGUAUUCCCGCCUCCCGCGGGGCCUCCCCGGCAGACGGGCCGAGCCUCACCUGAAAAGCGGGUCCGAGGACCGGCCUGGGAGGCUGCCCCUGGAUUCUGGCCACAGUCCCAGCCCCAGCGGGGGUGGGUGCUGCAAGGAGAAGGCGUUGGGGAACCCCUACAGGGAGGAAUGCCUCUCUAAGGAGCAGACCUUACACGGGCCGGAUCCAGAAGCUGCCAGGCCUGGCCAGGUGCCCAUGAGGAAAAGACAGCUGCCCGCUUCCUUCUGGGAAGAGCCACGGCCCACCCACAGCUACCCCGUGGGGUUGGAGGGGGGACUGGGCCCCAGGCAGGGACCUCCCUAUGAGGGUAAGAAACACUGCAAGGGCUUGGAACCCCUGGGGCCCGAGACAGCCCCAGUGCCCACAUCCCCCAGGGCACCCGCUGAAAAGGGGCCGCUCAAGAUGCCUGGGGUCUCCCUGGUGGGUCGUGUCAAUGCCUGGAGCUGCUGCCCCUUCCAGUACCAUGGACAGCCCAUCUACCCAGGCCCUCCGGGGGCCUUGCCUCAGAGCCCGCUCCCCAGCCUGGGCCUCUGGCGGAAAAGCUCGGCUUCCCCCGGCGAGCUGGCCCACUUCUGCAAGGAUGUGGAAGGCCCCGGGCAGAAAGUGUACAGACCCGUGGUUCUGAAGCCCAUCCCCACCAAGCCGGCCAUGCCCCCCCCCAUCUUCAACGUCUUUGGCUACCUCUAGCCGGGCUGGGAGGGCCUUGGUCCCCACCGCUGGCCUGCAGGGGUGUUGGAGACGCCAGGAGCUCUCCUGGUGAGGAGGGGCCUGGGCAGUGGUGUAGCCUCUUGAGAGCCUUCCCUUUGGCGGGGGGUGGGGAGGGCAGGAUCGGGGCAGGGGCUUCUCAGGCAGUUGCCCAGCCAGCCCUUGCAGCCCUGGGAGCGGUGGAGCCGGGCUCGGCCGGCCCCUCUCCAGCCGGGCCAGAGCCCGACAGAUCACCCGCGGGCCUGUGCAGACCUCAGUCGGCGGGGCGUUGCUCUGGCCUGCCGGCCGUUCCAGAAGCCAGAGUGCUGCACCUGUGCAUCUGCCACCCACUGUGUGAGCCAAUCUCAGUUCUGUUCUUCUUGUUCUUUGUAAAUAUUAAGAAGGCUAAAAGAAUAAAGACAUUUCUUUGGCAGUUUUCACAUCUUGGGUGCAUGAAGUUGAAUGGUCCCCAGGCCUGGGACAUGCUGGCUGGCCCAGAGGGAGGGCCACUUACAGAGGCUGUGGGGGAAGCCUGGAGUGGCCCAGAGACCUCCGUGAUGUCUGGGGAUGGGCACUGGGGCCCAAUCGCUCAAUUCCAAGGAAGGAGGGUAGAGACAGUUCACGGGAAAGGAUGCUCUGAUUCCCCAGGCCGAGAACAGAGGGGGGAAGGCGUGGCUACCCAGAGGGUCCAAACGGCUCUAGAGAAUGGGGAGGCAGCGACCAGGGCAGGGGGACCUGUGCUCCUGGCUCUGCCGUGGGACGUGGGGCUGGAGCCUUCCUCUUGGGGCCUCUCUGCCCCACCUGCAGGACGAGGGGUGGGAUGAGAACGGUUCCCUCCGCAGUACCUUCCACUCCAAUCACAGCCUCAGGGCAGAGACUGGGCCGAGACCAAGCAGGAGCAGAGCCCCUUGUGGACAAAACAACUGGUUGUUUGCCCAAAUUGCUCCUUUUUUCAGCCUAGUCUUUGGUUCUAUGUCCAUGGACCGAAUCAUCAGUAUGUCGACCUCAUUCAGAUUCCUA